AUGUCGUCAUCUUCUUUAUUUUGUCUUAGUAUUACACUGUUAGUGCUAAUACUAACAGUUGAAUCAGUUUAUUAUGCAUAUUCAUAUGAUAAUGAUAAUGAUAAUGAUAAUGAAGAACACUGUUGUCUGGUGCGAAUACGUGAGAACAUCUGCGUGGCAAGACCAAUUACACGUAGCUUAGUACAAGUUAAUAAACAAUGCCAUCGAUUUGAUAGAUCUCAACGCCAUCGGUCUGGUAGAAAAAAUAGAAAUGAUAAAUAUUUAGACAAGAUUUUAAGUCGUUUAAAUGUGCAAACAUCACAAGAAGUUGGUGACAAAAUACUUAUUGAAUUGAAGAAUCCAUUAGAAAAAAAAAUACUUGAAAAGGAUCUUAUAUGUUUAAAAUCAACUAAUAAAAAUAUGAAUUUCGACAAAUGUUAUGUGGAAAUAGUUGACGAAUUAGACACUAAUAAUGAUGAUGACGAUGAUAGUGAUGAUGAUGAUGAUCAUCAUCAUCAUCAUCAUCGCCAUCGUAUGUCACACGGAACGCAUAAAUGUCGAGAACAUGGUCAUCGUCGUUGUCAACAUCGUCAUCAUUAUGAUCGUAAAAAACGUGCUGAUGACAAACAUGAACAAAAAGAAGACAAUCCCAUUAAUGAUAAGAAAAAUACUAAAGAAAAUGAAGCUAAAAAGGAAAGCAAUCAAAUUGAAUUAGAUCAACCAGUUCGUAUUCAUGAAGGUCAUGGUUUUUCAAUUCGUCAAACAUAUAAAAUUAAGCCUAAUGAUAUUCGACCAAUAAAUCGUCAACAACGUCAAUGUUUGUCAUGGUAUCGUAAACAAACACGAAAAAUACGUCAUAAUUCAUCGAAAUAUCAAAAAUCUUGUAUUAAUUUAUAUGAUCGUAGUGAAAAAUGUAUUAAUCAACUUGUUUAUAAUACAUUUAAUACAAAUGAAACAAUUAAUAAUCAGCAACAAGAAUAUACAAAAAAUUCUUUUCCAAUUGGAUCAAAAUUAUAUUGUGAAAAUCAAGCUGGUUAUAAUAGAUUAAUUGGUUAUUAUCAUUAUAAGGAAGUAUGUUUUUAUGCAGAUGAUCAAAUUACUAUUGAACAUAAAUUUACGGAUAUAACUGGUUUAUCUGAUAUGGAAAAAAAUAAAGAAACACUCGAAUUUAUAGCACGAAGUAAAAAAUUAACCGCUGAAUUUGAAGAUGAUUGUCAUGACACAACAACGUUAGUUGAAAUAGCUGAAUUAGAAAAAUCAACGAUCAAAAAAUUAUCAUAA